AUGCCCAUUCCAGUGUUGUUCGAGCUUUUGGGUAACCAUGUGCCUGCAGAGUACUAUGGCUCGCUGAUCAUUGCUGCGGUUGUAAUAGGUGUCGUACACCGGUGGGCACAAGGACCAAAUCUUGUGUCACGCGAGGAGCAACGCGAAGUUACGCAACGGCGAAAACAGGCCAAAGACGCUCGUGUUCGUGUCACGGCUGGCUUGAACAGUCAAGGCGGGCGCGUUGUGCUCAUUGCGACUGGCGCACUCACGCCAAUGGGCCUUGUCACGAUGGCGUCGCUUGCCCACCAAGGCGCUCAUAUAAUUGCGCUUGUCCCAGCAAUUCAGGCACCCAAUGUCGUGCAACUCAUUGACUUGCUGCGCGAGAGUACUCGCAGCGAGAACAUAUUUGCAGAAGAAUGUGAUAUGAGCGAUUUGAUCUCCAUCUCUGCAUUUGCUGCGCAGUGGAGCCGAGGGACGCAGCAACAAACAAGUGCACCAGGCACUGCGACAGGCCUGCCAAAUGUCACAGCGCCCGGCGUAAAAGACCGGGAAGCGCUAUUUCCUCACGAAAUUCCAAAAGCACAUCGUCUCGACACGAUCCUGUUUCUCCCUCACGAUGCCGUGACGUACAAAGUUGGCGCACGUCUGCGUGGAUCGUGCAACAAAACUGCGCACGAUGCCAAUACAUCUGCAGAAUGCACGUAUGUGAUGAAUGUACUUGCUCCCUUUCACCUGAUCAAUUCCAUGCUUCCCAGCCUGCUGCUCAUGCCGCCAAACCGUGAUGUUCGUAUAGUCAGCAUGAUCUCGCCAUGGUACGCUGCUGGACUACCGGAGCUUGACGCGGUCGUCCAGCCUAUAGGCGAGAGCAACACCCGUCCAGUGUACCAGCCAUGGACUUACUGGGGCUCCAACACGCUGCACUGGAUUGUGCUUGCCAAGGAACUGCAGCGCCGUGUGAAUCUCUUGGCCGAGGCGGAUACACGGCCGCGUACCAAGCUACCGGGGCUAGAGGUGGAGGACACUAUUACCGUACAGGGCGGCACCAUUGGCGAGCAACGAGCCCAGCCCAGCCAUAUUUCCUCCCUUCUCGUCUGCCCGGGGUUUGAGCGCGACUCGCAAUUGUCUGUCUUUUUUGGCACCGUCUUGCCGUUUCAUGCGCAUCGUCUGCACUCGCUGCUACUGCACCUAGUAUGGCUCCUCUUGUUCUCCUUCUUUUGGCUAUUUGGCAAGAGCGCAUCGCGCGGCGCCGACGCAGCCCUAUGGGGCGCUACUGCGCGCCUUUCUGCGCCACUGCAGCGGCUCGGCAAGGCGAACGACGAUAAGCUUGCGCCAGAGCACAGCGAAGCGCAGUGGGGCGGACUACAGCCCGGCCAAUUGUACCGCGAAGGCCGAAUUGUUUGUCCUCCGAUACCUGCCCAUCUGGACACAGUCCAGGGUGCAUCCGCACUAUGGAAUGCUACAGAAGAGCGUGUCAAGGCGCUUCUCCACGCACGCAAGCUCGAAUAG